AAAGAAACAUGAUUAAUCACACAUUAUCUUCCACUUUUUCAGUAGUUGAAGUUUUUACAUUAUUGUUGGUUUCUUCUACUGGCAUGUCUUCUAACAUUGCAAAAUUUCUGCUCAGCUGGGUGAGACGUACACAUGGGAAAUCUUGAGAUGCUCUCCUUGCUGACUUAGUUGUAUUGUCACUCUUGCUAACAGUGUCUGAAGCCACUACUCCCCCACCGUCCUCGACUAACAUGUCUCCUACUGUCAUGUCCACUAACAUCAUUAAGCUGGGUAAGACACACACACUCACUAAGCUUGUCCUUGUCUUGUUUGUAAUGAGACUCUGCAGCUUCCUGUUCUCUCUCUCAGCCUGCUUCCACCUGUCUGCUUCCCUCUCACUCCCACUCUAUCCUAUUCUCAACCAAGAUGAUGUUAACAAUAUCAGGGAAGGCCUGGUUGACUGCUGUAAGUACUGUAUUCUUCCAUGUUUUGUAUUGGUUUAUUCAGCUACAGUAAAAGCUAGAAGACCCUGUUUCUAAAAUCAGUCUGUAUUUCAAACAUGUAACCUGCUUUGACCCCUCCGUUUUUAUAUUGACUGGACUGAGGCGCCACAGAGAAGGAGAGAGCGGCGUAUCUGUGGUCUGUGCUCCGGCUCACGCCCCGUCCAGUGACCUCCUCCACCACCACCACACCCCACACCAGGCCUCACGUCCUGCCUGGCCCCCGCAGCUCUAAAACCUCCCUGGGCUACAUCUCCACCCCACUCAUCUGGCCCGUGAGGAAGAAACCUGAGGCCUCUGUUACCCGCCUCCCAGUCAGACCCAUCCUCUAUCUAACCAAGCCUCAUCCUGUACCAGCAACAAAUAUGUCCCUCAGGCCCAAGGUGACUACAACAACAACGGCGCCUGUGGCCAGGAAAACACAUGCCGUAUCCAGGGCCGUGACCAGUCCCCAGGGGUUGUUCCCAUGGCGACCAGUGGAUGUUGGGAACAGUAGCGAUGCGGAGGACGUAGAGUCAUUCCCAGCAGUGGCGUCAGCAUCACUCAGCAACCGUAAGAAGAAUAAGCCCAUGGCUCCCCCCCACUGGAUCCCAUUGAGUCCCAGCAGAGAGAACAGCAACAGCAGCACUGUGAACUGGACUGAGCCCCUGGAGGAGUACACAUCAGGCUCUGAGCCAUUCAUUUACGACCUGGACCUAGGGGAUGACCCCUUUAGCCUUUUCCAAUAUGACUCGUCCUACUCCCUGGAUGAAGGCCUGGCUCUGGCUGCCUCCGGCCCACAGAACCUUUCCCACGCUGGGACUGGAGUCAGUACUGAGGGCCCAGGCCGUGUGACUGUGAGUGACCCUGUUACCGCCAUGGGAGGAGGGGAACAUUUACACAAUCAAUCAGAGCCCAGUCUGCCCCAGGAGGCGUUGGCAGGAGGCGCGCUGACAGAGGCUGGGAGAGAGGCUAGGACCGGGGAGCAGGGUGUGUUGGUGGCAGCACACAGCAGCUGGGCUCAAAUCCCUCCUUUCAGCACGACUCCGGAGAGGACAGGUGUGCAAACGGAUCAGGCCCGGCCCGGCAGCGGCUUCAGUGAGCAAACAGCAGAGAGAACCACUCAGUCCCUCUCAAACAUCGCCACACAGUCUCCCUCAUUAUUAACAGUAGCCAAGCUCUGUUUCUCUGAGAGGGUCGGGAUUACCACUGACAAUGGCCCCACAGUGGAGGUCUCUAUACCUAAAGACUACACACCCACACCCAGUCCCAUAUCCAUACCUACCACGUCUGCCAUGCCAGAUAGCCUAUGGACAGCUGUGAUCACAGAGAUACAGGCCCCUAACUCCCUCCCCACCACUCCGACCAUACCUCUCCCCACCGCUCCCCAUCCUGCGUUCUCCCCCUCUUCCGUUCACAGUAUGGAACAAAGUGAUGUUAGUCAUUCAAGACACGUCAGGCCAGCCGCCACUGAGACAGAGACAUCGCUCCCUCCCAUGGAGGUUCAAAGACAUGAAUUAAUGCGGGAGGGCACAAGACCCCGUCCACUCUCUCUGUCAGUCGCUAUUGAUGCCGCUACAGCUCUGACACCCGUCCUUGAGAAAACAUACCUCUCUUCCUCUGACAAACACCACCGUGACCUAGUUUUACCCUCUUUGAGGAAUCAAUUAAGUUCCUCCUUGACUAACUCUCAUCCCGUGGACGGUAUGGUUCCCAGUGAGAGUAUUGCCUCUGAGUCAGGUACCCAGAGUGAGUGGAUCAGUUUAUAUUCACCUCUGGCUCUGGAACCAUCGUCGUAUAUGAGCAGUGUGUCAGACAGUGUUUUGGGCAGCUCGGAGGGGCAGGAGGGCUUUAAUCCACUCAGUUCUAACCUGAGAGGUUUUUCACGUACAUCCCAUCUAUCUGCCACUCCUAUCACAGAGCAACUACACCACCAGGCCCUAUUCCCAGCCACCGUGACGGACGAAUGGACUUUCUCUCAGUCCUCACCUCCCAAUACAAUCAGACAGGAGUGGAGGGAUACAUUGCGCACCACGCUCAGCUUGGUCUCUCUCAGCUCUGACCUUAUGUCUGUGACAGAUUUGCCAGAGCAGCUUAAUAUCAACACGGUUACUGAAUGGGAAAGUGCAGAUGGGAUGGAGAGCCACUUGGCUCGACAGGAAGGAGAAGAAGUCCACAUGUCACCCAUAAGUGGCUCGGCCUCCUCUCCAUCACUGAUCUCGCUCUUCUGCCCCAGCACGCAGAGCGAGCCAUCUGUAUCCCAGCUUGGACACCGUGGGACCUCACACAUCAAUGAUGAUGGAUCUGAAUAUCUCUCCCAGGCCAGCCUCCACCUCUACUCCUCCCUGCUAGCCCCCUCUCGUCCUCUGGCUCUGCCAACGCCACUCAUCAGCAGCACAGCUUCAGAAUAUGACAGUGUUGUUACUCAUGAACCCAAGCGGCAUGCUUACAUGCAUGAAUUAGGCUGGAAACGGCCGGUCAGUGGUAUUGGCAUUGUGAUUCACACAGACACACACACCCCAGUGUCUGAGCCGCUCUCCACCAUGACCUCCAGGGCAGACCAGCUCAUGCCAGACGCUUCUGAAGCUCUCUUAUUCCACAGACCGAUGACAACAAACCCUCCUCGUAUUAGAGAGGAGAGGCUGCUCCCCGCCCCUACCCCGACUCCCCUUCCCACCCAUAUCCCCCCUCUGAGUGGGACAUUGUCUGCCGGAGCAGCCAACAUGGCUGAUUCGGGAGCUGGCGCCUCACUGCCCACCCGAUCAACGACUGCAUUCCAACAAUCCUCCACACUCAUUGGCAGCCAAUCAAAGCCCACUCAGCCUGCUGGAACUGACAGAACGCUGGCCUGGCAUGGAGAGAGCAGAGAGAGCACAGUAUCACCCGCUGCCCCAGACACACAGCUCACUGCUUCUGCCUCCAGUAACCCCACCAUUAGAGCUGCAAUUAUACAGCCCACCGCUGUUACCAGAAAUAUCCCCCCCCCUUCUGCCUCAAACAUACAACUCACCACUGCCAACAAACAGCCAACUGUUUUCCCAAAUAUCCAGUCCAACUCUACCUCCAACAGCCAGCCUCCUAUGGCCCUAAACACUUACCUUGCUGGGGCUGGCCCUUUAUCAGUCCCCUGGAGGGCCAACCACAGUGAGGACACACAGGGUGGUAAACAUGGACCGGCCCUCAUCGAUCACACACCCUCCACUGCUGCAAGCACGUCAGUAAGCAGUAUGGGCCCUGGCAACAAUGUGACUGUGAAUCAGAACACCAACACAGACCGAGAGACCGAGACACAGACAACUCCCAAUCCACUAGCCGUCAUUGGCAUGGAUGAGCAGUCUUUUGUAGCCACAAAGGGCCCCUACUUGCCUCUUACCACUCCACAUAGAGGGGUGAAUGCAGGCAGUGGCACAGUGUCCACCACACACGCCACCCCACGGACCUCAGCUGGCACCGCGGGCACCCCUGUUAUUGCCCCAUGCCAAUGUAAAGCUUGCUUUCAUUUAUCAUGUCUGUGUGGACUUUCAACCGGGAACAAGGGUCUUUUCUACAGGAUCUCCUUUGUUGUCAAUGACAAGGAGGCCAAACUAACAGAGUCUGAUGUUGAGAAAACUGUUGCACAAUGGCUCAAUCAAACAUUCCAAAACUGGACACAUGUGGUCUAUGUCGAUAAUUUCAGAAUCCAGCCUAACAGUGACUCACAGCUUAAGAGGAGUGCCAGUAAAAAAUUCACUUGCCAGGCCCUGCUGGUCUAUCAGACCAGCACCAAUGUGACCCUGGAAGAAGUAGCCAUCUCCACCAGGAUGGUGGGAAGCAGCCCUAACAUUGGCAAUGGACUGGAGCUAGAAACUGUCGACGUGCAGUCUGUCGAGAACUGCCCAGAGGAAACUCCCCUCCAUUAUAUCUGGCCAGAGAGCAGACCAACGGUCACUCAGUAUGUCCCCUGUUUCCCCAACAAAGACCAGACUGCAUCCAGAACAUGUGUGAUCAGCCCCCUGAAUUACACAGCGUUUUGGGGCGCCCCAGACAUCAGUAAUUGCACUGAUAUCGAUUCCAUCACUGUUUCAGCAGAGAACGCUGCUGAAGUUGCCGACCAGCUUGCUGACAUCACCAACAACGAGCUCUCCACAGACGAGGUGUUCAAGGUGGUGGGCAAAGUGAAGGAGCUGGUCAACGUGGCCAAGAUCAACACCACUCUGGCCACCACCGUCUUGAACAUCAUCUCCAACGUGAUGACCAGCUCUGUGUCAGCCCUGGCUGUAGCCUCAGAGAGGACAUUGAAGACGGUGGAUGAGCUGGUUCAGAAGUUAGAGUUUGAUGGGCCUUCAGUGAGCAUCACCUCUAAAAAUCUGGCUCUGGGCAUCUCAACACUAAACCAUGGCAAGUUCAACGGGACCUCCUUCAGUGCCUUCAUACAGCCCAACACCACAGACCUCCAGAUUGACUUUGAGUCUAAUCAGCUGAAUCCCCUGGCUCAGGUCACACUGCCAGCUACUUUGCUCAAAAACCUAACCGACGCUGAGACCGCUGCCAUCUCCAGGAUUAACUUCAUGUUCUUCAGCAAGAUAGGACUAUUCCAGGACAAACAGGACGGGAUGUCUCUUAACAGCUAUGUCGUGGCCAGCAGUGUGGGCAAUUACUCCAUCAGUAACCUGCAGGAUCCCGUGGAGAUUGAGAUAGUACACCUGAAUUACCAGCCAAAGCCAAAGCCAACCUGCAUGUUCUGGGAUUUUACCAUGAAAAAUGACUCAGGUGGCUGGAACAGUAAAGGCUGCAGGGUUAGUCCCAUGUCCAAUGGAAACAAGACUAUCUGCCUCUGUGACCAUCUCACACACUUUGGCAUUCUAAUGGAUAUCUCUGGAUCUGCUGCACAGAUUGAUGAGAAAAACACCAAGAUUCUUACCUUCAUCACCUACAUCGGAUGUGGCAUAUCGGCCAUCUUCUCUGCUGUAACACUUCUGACUUAUAUCGCCUUUGAGAAGUUGCGUCGUGACUACCCGUCCAAGAUUCUGAUGAACCUGAGCACGUCACUGCUCUUCCUCAACAUGGUGUUCCUAUUGGAUGGGUGGCUGGCCUCCUUCGAAAUGGAGGGCCUGUGUGUGGCUGUGGCCGUCUUCCUCCACUUCUUCCUGCUCACAUCCUUCACCUGGAUGGGCCUUGAGUCCAUCCACAUGUACAUCGCCCUGGUCAAAGUUUUCAACACCUACAUCCGGAGGUACAUUCUCAAGUUCUGCAUCGUCGGCUGGGGUCUGCCUGCUGCGAUAGUUGCUACAGUGGUAGCUAUUGACAAAAACUCCUAUGGGAAAAUGGAGUAUGGAAAGGGGGACACUGGACAAGGCUCUUCUGAAUUCUGUUGGAUCCGGAGCCAUGUGGUGUUCUAUGUAACGUGUGUGGGCUACUUCUCUGUCAUCUUCCUCCUGAACGUGGCCAUGUUCAUCGUGGUUAUGAUCCAGAUCUGCGGUCGCAACGGGAAGCGUAGCAACCGCACUCUGCGUGAGGAGGUGCUGAGGAACCUGAGGAGCGUCAUCAGUCUCACCUUCCUCCUGGGCAUGACCUGGGGCUUCGCCUUCUUUGCCUGGGGACCCGUCAACCUGGCCUUCAUGUACCUCUUCUCCAUCUCCAACUCACUGCAAGGUUUAUUCAUCUUCAUAUUCCACUGUGCACUGAAGGAGAAUGUCCAGAAACAGUGGAGGAGAUACUUGUGUUGUGGCAGAUUCCGCCUGGCAGACAACUCAGACUGGAGCAAGACGGCCACUAACAACACCAAGAAGGUCAGCUCAGACACGGUGGGGAAGUCCCUGUCCUCCAGCUCUUUUGGCUCCAGUACAGCAAACUGGACUUCCAAGGCCAAAGCAACUCUAAACCCCUUUGCAAAGCGCAACAGUAAUGCAGGUAAAGGUUACUCCAACCAGACCAAUCCUAAAAGUGUCUCCUUGGAUGGUGAGGCCUCCUCUUCCUCCUCCUCCAUCAUCCCAGUGCACCAAGUCAUUGACAAGGUCAAAGGUUACUGCUCGGCGCGCUCUGACAACUUCUACAAGAACAUCAUCAUGUCGGACAGCUUCAGCCACAGCACCAAGUUCUAGACCACCCAGCACUUCUCUUCUUCUCCCUGCUUUUUCUGCUAGCCCCUAACCAGUGGUGAUCUCCCCCAGUCCACAGUCUCACCCCAGGGUUGUAGCUUCCAGAGCAGCAGGGCUGUAUUGUUUUUACUGUACAAUAUUUGACUUAAUCAGCUGGUCCAGUCAGUGAGAUGUACUGAAAAGGGAAGUGGGGAAAUGCAUAGUUCUGUAGAAAAGGGAAGGGCUAAGCGGAGAAUGGAGUUUGGGAUUUACAUACUGUGACAUUAAUCUUUAACUGCCUAUGUGUUGUGUAAAUAUUUAUGGUAUAUCUAAUACACCCCCUAUAAUUGAUUCUCAGUUGGUGUUGCACAUGCCUUGGGUUUUCAGUAGGGUCACCUUUCCUGUACAGAACUAUCAACAAUCUUAACUGUUCUGUUCUCAUUCUGCAAUCUGUAGAAAUCCAGUAUGAGCCACAGGGAAGUAAAAUCCUCCAAUCUGGACCAAAUAUUCAGGCUUAGGCCUAUAUUUCAAACCCAAAGACUACCAAACGUGAGGGAGUUUUUAAAAGCUGUAGCAUUGUCAAUGUGUGCUCAAAAGGAACAGGUUGAGGUGUAGUUCUGGCUUUAGUCACCUAUUUGUGAAUCCUGUGUGUGUUUAUUUGCUGGAAAGCAAUGUUAUGUUCCUUUACAGUGCCUUGCAUGAGGAAGUUUUGCAUAAAGUACUUUAUCUUGGUCAGCGUACCAACAUCAUCAUCACGACUAUGUUAUAUUUGUCAUGUAUAUAUUUUUUAAACCUUCAGAUGCUCUACUACUGAAUAACACAUGCAGAAAUGGAUGUCUGGUAUUGGUCCAUUCACUACUACUUCAUUUUGGUCUCUUCGAUUUAGGACAACCUCUGUGGGUGACCUGUGUUUAAAGUGUCAUUUAGUCUGACCCUUCUAUGGAUAGAGGUUACCAGAGCCAUGUAUUUACAAUACAUAUAUGGCUGUAGAGGUUACUAAACCCGCAGCCAUUAAACUUAGAUUUGGUAAGAGAGUUUCAUAAACAUUCCACAUUGAAUUGUUCCGCAGUACAGCAACUCACAACAUACUGUAAUGAUUGAAAAGGGACGACAAAACACUGGCAUUAUUUGUUCAUCCACGUUCAUGCCAACAUUUUAAAAUGGCAACAUGUUAAUCUGCUCUUCCGUGUUGCUUUAGUUAGCUUUAAUAUGGUAGUCUUAUUUUCCCACCAAUAGGGGAACUGAAUAUAUUGCAUUAUGUUAAAUGUUGCUGUGUGAGCUAUUGUUGUUUGUGUUUGUGAAGCGAUGGAACAAUGUUGUUUAAAAGUGUCUUUAUAUUUAUUUCUAUAGAGCUUUUUGCAUUUGUUAUUCCUCUUGAAUCCCCAAUGCCAGUUGAUCAGGACUAUGCCCCUGGAUAGAUUGAUAUACUGUUUUUGGAAAGAUGGAACUUGGUGGACAAACAAAGCAUCGCUCUUGACCUGGGCAGGCGAACUGGGCCAGUUAUAUUUUGGAAGCAGUCAGUGUUCUCAACUGUUCUUUUCCAGCAUCAGGAAAAUAAUCGGAGCAUCAAUGAGAAAUUCCCUCAGGGGCCAAAUUUCAAGAGGUAAUGUGGUGUUGAACAGAUUUGGGGUCUUCAUUUCAAGAACGUGUGGGAAGGGAUUACAGUGGGUUGAGAUCGUAAGAUGGAGUUCUCAUCUUUACAAUGAAUUGGAAAAUGACUGCUGGCAUCAUCUUUAUACAUAUUUGAAUAAGAUAUCCCAAAAUACACAUUUCCCAAUAUUCAACAAAGUAGUUAUCAACCUUUAUCAAGUCAUGUUAUUUGUUAUAGGCUAUUAUUUAGAGGUGCACAUUGUUCUAUCGAUGCAGAGAGAAUCCACACAUCAUUUUCUCUGAUUCAUUUGUACAUUUCCCUAAUAAUUAAAUAAUGUUUCCAGGACAAAGAGCUAGGAAAUUACGAUGGUUAGAUCCAAACCAAUAUUGUACUUAGAUGUAUCACUGAUUUAAUAUGGAUGGUCUGGGUCUAUUUGAAAACAUUCUCCAAACCCUGUUAUUAGUUUUUCCACAACUUUUGUCAAUAAUAUAUUUUCUUGAAGCUGUCUCUGUAUGUCUCAACACCAUUGAUGAAUUGUGUUUCACCAAUAAAGGCAAUUAAAAGAA